GCGAAAAAACUUUCAGAGAGCAAACAAACAUUUUAAAAACGAAUACAAUUAAUAUUUAUUAGCUAUCAUUUUACUCGUGUGGUUUCCGGCGGAGUUUUCUGACUAAAAAAAAAAAUACUCCGGUGAAAAAUGUUAAGCCGAACUGCGGGCAAGGGUCAAGGGGCAGAGGAGCGGCGGGCAGAGACUCCGAGCAGAGAGGUCGACCAGGAUGGACGACAGGGAUUCGGUGUCCAGGAGUUUCUCGACGGCUCCAAAUAUGAAGGCGACUUUGUCAAUGGCCUCAAACACGGCAAGGGAAGGUACACCUGGAAAAGUGGAGAGUUCUAUGAAGGCUCUUUCUACAAAGACUACAGGCAUGGUGACGGAAUGUACUGUUGGCCCACAGGAAACAAAUUCAUUGGUAAAUUCUACCUUAACUGGAGAGAAGGAUAUGGACAACAUAUUUUUCCUGAUGGAGCCACAUUUAAGGGUUUGUACCAUGCUGACCAAAGGUUUGGUCCAGGUGUGCUUAGUGAGCCAACAGGAUGGCAGGAUGUCGGUCUAUGGCACGGGAAGCAUCUGAUACAAAUGUGUAAAUCUGUAGAAGAUAGCUUCAGCCUGAAAAACCUUAAGGAAUAUGCUGCCUACUUGGAGCAAACUACCACCUCACAGUCUCAGAGUCAGGCUGCAUUGUGCUCUAAUGGACUUCAGAUGAAAGACAGAACAGAAUCUGAGACAGAGAACGACGACGGUUUGCUGUUGUAUGAUGACAAUACUAUACUCCCCUACGGCAUUGAGAAUUAUUGCACCGAUGGUGACCACCUACCGUUGCCCCCGCAUGUUAGAACAGAGUUCGACCACCAUUUUUUUGGCCAUCUGUGGGAACCUGAUUCUCACCAGUAUGAAGGCUACAAAAGAGAACCACUCUCCACUGUGCCAUUAUCAGCCAAAAUGCUGGCUCACAUUCAAAAACACAGACGACAAUCUGAAACAUUGGACUGGGAUGUAGCAGAAGUUAUUUCAUUAAAAAGGGAUCAUUUUGGUCCUAAAGGAUCUUUGGAAGUCACAUCAGAACUGCUGAUCCAGCAGGCUUCCAGAGGAGAACAACAGGCUGUAAUAAAGAUUCUCCUUGAUGACCUUAUUCACCCAGAUGUAGCAGAUUCUCAGGGUCACACUGCAUUGAUUGCUGCUGCGGUAAACUGUCAUGAUGAUUUAAUCCAGCUAUUGUUAGACAUGGGUGCUGAUAUUGACAAGAUGAAUUGCGAGGGCUUGUCAGCCUUGUCUGUGUGUCACUUCCUCUACUAUCCUUUUCAGUCUUUAUACUUGCUUCCUGGACUUGCAGCCCAAACACAGGGUUUGAUGUCAUUGAAUCAGAAACAACCACAGACAAGCCCACAGGACUUCACAACAGACUCAUCCAGCCAAAACAACAGACCGCAGACAAGUGAUACAGUUCAGACCAACUGGGAUCUUCUCUCUGAUCAGACAGAAGAGGAAUUAUCAGGAGGCAUCAUCUUUCAUCGGAGCAGUUGCAGUGAAUUUUCCAAUGUUCUGAAUGAACUUGAGACCCCUGCACAAUAUCAGGAAUUACAGGACAGGGCCAGAGAAGACAAUGUUGAAAUUGACCAGGAGAGAAAGUGGAAAGGGACACAUCGUGUAGCAAAUAGUGGAGAGGGGCAAGUUAGAACCAGAAAUGAAUAUGCAGAAUUGGGUGAGGACGGUGGACAAAUAAAAUUGAGAAUUUUGACUGAGGGUGAAUGGAGGGACAAGGAAGACAAAAUGAAUCAGGAGGAGAAGGUACACCUUUCAGAGCGCGCCGUUCAGGUGAAGGACGGCCACAUUUUACUGGGCCAUGUGAAGUGGAAAGAAUAUUCAUCCCGAAGUAUUAAGCAGGACUGUAACAAAAACCUGACCCCAGCCCAAUCCGUGUACAGCUACAGCAUGCAUGUCUCAGAGGAAAUUCUACAGGGUGCAGCUGAAGCGCUGAGCCACACUGGGUUGCCCCAGUAUUUGUAUACUCAGGAGACUGUGCGCAGAAUGGCUGCCAUGAAAUUUCAGCACCGUGUUCGUUUGGGCACCCUGAAGCUGCUUUUGGACCGUGGAGCUGACCCCAACAUAUCGAGAGUCCCGUUACCUGUCCUCUUUUUGGCCAUUAUGGCAGCCGAUACUGAGACUGUCAGGAAACUUCUUCUGUGUGGAGCUCGAACAGAUAUUUGUCUCUCACCUGAGAGGAAAGGCAUUUAUCCUCUACAUGUGGCUGCUGCACUGCCAGGCCCAGAAGGUCCCAAAAUCACAGAACUGCUGCUACAUGCUUUAUCUGACCCAGACGCACGGGCAUGCGACUUGGAUGAAAUCUAUGAACCGGAUAAGCUGUCCAUGAUGACAAGAAAAUCAUGCGGCACCAGUGAGAGUUCAUGUCCUGAAGAAGGAGGUCAAAUUGCUCUGCACACGGCCUGCCAGAGAAAAACUGAUCACUGUAAUGCCAGUAAAGUGGUAUCCCUAUUGCUCUCCCAUGGAGCCAGAACAGACCUCCUCUGGAGUGGACACUCUCCUCUCUCAUUGGCUAUAGCAAGUGGCAAUGACAUGGCAGUGGAGGAGCUGUUAAAAGGAGGUGCUGAUCCCAACAUUCCCUUGGGUUGUGGAGUUGGCAAUGCCUUAUGUGUUGUCAGUAAUUUCCGCUACGACUUGGAUGGCAAAAGGGAAAAAUUGGUGGACAUGUUACAGAAGGCUGGUGCUGACAUGUUGAAGCCAGUCCAGGUUGGUGAUACCAUAGGAAAUGUGGUCGACUAUGGACAUCACUCCUUCGACCAGGACUUGCGUAUUGCCCACACACCCUUCCACGUCCUCAACAUGGAGGAGAGAGAAACAUUAAAAUCACGCCGUCACCUACUCAGCAUGAUGGGAAGUCUGCUGAGAGAAACUGCUGUCCAGAGAGAGAGAGAACUGGAGAAAGAAAAGGACCUCUUACUGAAUUGUGAAAGUGCCCUUUCUUCUAUUGAUGCCGAAUCAAGCCAGGAAAUUAAAACUCCCACAGCAGUAAAACUAAGGUCACCAUCAUUUAAGUUCUGCUACUACUGUGGUCGUUCUGCUGCUGUGAAGCUAACUGCAUGUACUCGCUGCCACAAAGUUUUUUAUUGCUCUACAACCUGUAAACUGAAAGCAUGGAAUGAGAGACACAGGGAAGAGUGUCUGCAGGAAUCAGCCUCUGUUGACAGUUUCCAGAGAACACUCAUGUUUCAGACCCAACGAGACCCCCAAAAGCCGACUAUUGUAUUGAAAUCCAUGAAAAUCUCCAGACAUUCAAAUAUUCAGUUGAAAUCCAAAAUCAUGGGAGUAGAUGUCUUGAAGAAACAACUUGUCAACCUGAAUGAAAACUACAGCUACAACUGAUGGAAUGUGUGGCUUUCUGGUAAAGUACAGCAAGUUAGUUGAUAAAUUUGUUUGUACAUCCCUACAAAUACACCCACUACCUAGUUCAGAUUCUGCAUUUUCACGCAACUUCAUGUUUUUUCUUAUUUUAUUUUUUAUGAGGCAUCAUAUUAUGCAUUCUAGUUUCCAGCUCAUAGCUAAUGUGAUUCAUGCUGAUGUUUCUGUACUUCCAUUAGUUCUGUGAACUGAACUGUGAAUCGAAAAACAUAGAUCACACAAUUUACUGGGAUUGAUACUGCAGAAAUUUGAAGGAACACUUUCAUUUUAAUUAGGCUUCUAUUGUGGCAAA